AUGCUCUUCUCAACACUAACAGCCCUCGUCCUCGCGGCGACGGCCUACGCCCACACCGUCAUCUCCUACCCGGGCUGGCGCGGCAACAACCUCGUCACCAACUCGACCUUCCCGUACGGCAUGCAAUGGAACUACCCAUGCGGCGGCAUGACCCUCACGACAAACCGCACCUACUGGCCCACGACGGGCGGCGCCAUCUCGUUCCAGCCGGGCUGGUUCCAGGGCCACGCCCAGGCCUUCAUGUACAUAAACAUGGGCUUCGGCACCGACGGCCCCGACGGUGGCCCCGCCAACAUGUCCUUCCCCAUGGUCCCCGUCUUCCAGAUCCUCGGCCCCAGCAAGAACCCCUACCCGGGCACCGUCUGCCUCCCGCAGGUGCCGCUGCCCGUCAACACGACGGUCAAGGCCGGCGACAAGGCCACGAUCCAGAUUGUCGAGCUCGCCGUGCACGGCGCCUCACUGUUUUCGUGCGUCGACAUUGAGUUCGCCGAGCCCGGCGACCCCAAGAUCGCCAAGGUCAACGAGACAAACUGCUUCAACUCGACCGACAUUGGCUUCGCCGACGUCUACACCAUCACGACGCAGGAGUCCGGCGCCAACUUCGUCACAGGCACCUCGGCCGCCGCGAGGCCGCAACCCGCGUGGGCCGUCGCCAGCUGGGCUCCGCUCGUCGUCGGCGCGCUCUGGGCGAUGCUGUAA